GGCAAAGAAAAUGAGGGACAGAAGCAUGCACUCUUAGGGGUGUGUCUUAGAAAAUUAGUUCCUCAAGGAAGUACAAGCCAAAUUAUCUUGAAACAGAGCGGCGAGCAGAUCAGAGGAUUUGCCUGAAAGAUUUUGUAAUAUUCCUGUUUUAUUUAAGGAGACUGUUUCACCCAAGAAGAAAAACUGGAUGUUGAUCACCUGAUCUAACAAAGACUUGCACCUAAUCAGAGAAGAGGGAGGGAAGAAUAAGUUGCAGGCAGGAGCUUGGAGGGAAUACAAUCUGGGCUCAUGCAGGGAUAGAAAUGGAGAACUUCAAUUCCAAGGACAUGGCUAUGAAAGCCCAGAAAAAGAUUCUCAGCAACAUGGCCAACAAGUCAGUAGUGCAGAUGUUCAUCGAUGAUACGAGCAGUGAGAUCCUGGAUGAGUUGUACCGCGUGUCGAAGGAGUACACAGGGAACCGCAAUGAGGCCCAGAAAGUGAUUAAGGACCUGAUUAAGGUGGUAGUGAAGAUUGCUGUGCUCUUCAGACAUAACUGCUUUAGUGAGGAGGAACUGAGAGUAGCCCAGAACUUCAAGAAGAAAUUACACCAGGGAGCCAUGACGGCGAUCAGCUUCCAUGAGACCUUUUCCUGCUGCUGUCCAGUGUUCAUGUCAUACAAGAGUCAUGAAUGGAUUUUAUUACAACAUAAAAAGUAUCCACAAAGGUCAAGAUUUCUGAUGCGUCUGUUCAUUAUGUUGGUUGACUUCACAUUUGACAAGGCAGUGAUAUCAGACAUCCUAACUGCAUGCAGAGACAUGCUGCUGAAGCUAGUGUCCACUCAUCUCACAACGAAAUCCCAUGGACGCAUCAACCAUGUCUUCAGCCAUUACUCGGACCCUGAGUUCCUCACCCAGCUGUACAAUCCAAAUGGCCCUUUCAAGUCCAACCUCCACAAAAUCUGCAGUGGACUCAACAAACUGCUUGAAGAGGGGAAAUUAUGAGUGUUGCACCAUUGGGACCUUUCAAUAUUAUUGUUGUAAAGGGACCAGCAAGGUUCUGGACUAGAGAAAAGUAAAGAAAGAAACAAACUCCAGACAAAUGACAACUCUUAUGUCAGUUUCCUGGGUGCUAUUAUAGUUCAACACCAUGUUUUGCCUAUUGCAUGAAAGUCACAUUUCAUGUCCUUGCUGGCAGCCUUGUGCAAAAUAGAUGAAUGUUACUUUUUAAAAGCUAACCAGUGACUUUAGUGAUAUCUCAAAAAACAGCUUGGUGCAUUGAACAGAACUCUUGGAGAGUAUUUACAUUUACAAAUAUUUCUAACCAUGAAUUCCUGCUGCCUUUCUGACAACAAACAAAGUUUGUUGUGUAUAUGAAAAGUUCUGUAAAUUUGUUUUAGUUGCAUAUUGUCCAAUAGUUGAAUGAAUUAUGAAUAGUGAAAAAAGAAGGCAAACUGAAUUAUCAGCAUGAACAUCCAUAAAUCAAAAUAAGGGAUUUUAUAAUAACUAAUAGCAACACUGAAUAUUUUAAACAAUGACAGAGUCACAUGCUACCUUCUUCAAACACAGAGACGGUGCUCUGAAUACAAGGGUUAACAGUUAAUGACAUAAUUAACCCAUAAUAACAUUUAAAAGUUGGAUGUAGAAAGAAUAUUUCACAAUGUAUUUGCAAUUGUAAUGCAAUUGUAAACUUAGCCAUCCAAACGGUAAUUAAGAAUCUGUAACAUACAUGAGAUGUAAAAGAAAAUGACAAAAUGCAAAGCCUAGUAGAGCAGGUAGGGGAAGGUGACCAAGGCGACAGGUUCAAUUAGCAAGGGAAGACACAUACUAUCAUACUGAUUAAUAUGUAAGUCGCUCUGCAUAAGAGCAUCUGCCAAGUGCCAUAAAUGUAAAUGGACAAAGCUCUAUUACAUAUUAGCAGAGCUCUUUUCUGCCACCUACAGUCACUUUGCACUGAAGGAAAACCAGUUUCUCAGUAAUGCGCCAACUUAAAGAAAAUUCCUUGAGCUAAUAAUUAAUUGUUCACUUCUUUUCUGUGCCAAAAAGGCUACCUGUUGGCAUUUUAGUUAUUAGAACUUAAAUAUCAGUUUAGACUGAUAAAGUCAGUGAGAGUUGAAGGAAUAUAAAUAUUUUAAGCACUUGUAAGGAGCAGACCUUUCAUAUAACCAAACCUAAGGAAAAGUAUCUAAAUUUUCAUGUUCAGAUAUUGACUACCACUCCAUACUUUGUAUAAGAUUCCUGUAACUAAUCUUCAUGGCCGGCUUCAUGGUUUGUAUGUGUAUCCUACACAUACCCUCCAACUGUAAUACUAAACAUUUUUAAAAAUCUAUUAACCAUUACAAAAAUAUAUCACUUGACAUUCUUCUCUCAUUAUCUUAAAAAGUGUGUCUGAUGA